CGGCGUCCGCGGCCCCUGCGCCGCCUUUAAGCGCGGAGCGUGAUGUCACAGCGGCUGGAAGCCGCGGAACGCGGAGCGCACGGGGCGCUGCCCGCCGGCAGCCGGCCCCGCGGGACGGGCAUGGGCAGCGUCCAGCUGCAGGACUUCGUGGCGGGCUUGGUGGGCGGAAUUGCCAGUGUGCUUGCGGGCCAUCCCCUGGACACGGUCAAGACUCGUUUGCAAGCUGGACAAGGAUAUGGAAAUACACUCAAGUGUGUUCUGACUGUGUACAGAAAUGAGUCUCUGACCGGCUUCUUCAAGGGCAUGUCCUUCCCACUGGCCAGCAUUGGCAUCUACAGCUCGGUGGUGUUCGGAGUCUUCAGCAACACGCAGCGGCUCCUCAGCCAGCUCCGCCACGGGGACCCGGCCGCCGCGCCCUCGCUCACCGACAUGACUCUGGCCAGCCUCGUGGCUGGGGUCAUCUCUGUGGGCAUUGGCACGCCCGUGGAACUGGUCAAGAUAAGGCUACAGAUGCAAACACAGCCCUACACCAAAGCAAACGUUAAACUAAAUUCUACAGUUCCUGGAUCUCCUGUGUACCGAGGCCCAAUUCACUGCUUAAGGACAAUCCUACAGAAAGAGGGGAUACCAGGAAUAUACCGAGGCAACGUAGCAAUGCUCCUGAGGGAUGUUCCCGGGUACUGCGCCUAUUUCAUCCCGUACGCAAUGUUCUGUGACUGGAUAACUCCUCAUGGAAGCAUUUCUCCUCAUCCCUUCUCCAUCUGGGUGGCCGGGGGUGUAGCAGGAGCCGUUUCCUGGGCAGUAUGUACUCCAGUGGAUGUUGUGAAAAGUCGAAUUCAGGCAGAUGGAGUUUAUUCAAACCAGUACAAAGGGACCCUUGACUGCAUCUUGCAGAGCUACCAGAACGAGGGCUUAAAACAAGAUAGAGUUGAAUGUCAGCGUUCUUAUAUCAGAAUUGCUUUCGUUUCAAAUGUGAAGAAGGGCUGCGUGCCAAACAACUUAUCUCCCUUUUCUGACUUUGUCUGUUAGUGUAAUAAAAGAUACUUGUUCUACCUGCAAACUUUGCCUCAGUUAAAUAUGAAUGGCAGAGAAUAAAGGUUUGCAGCUUUAUUGUGUUGCCAAGGCAUGGUUCUGGAAGUAACGCCUUCUGAUAUUGAAAUAAAUCUGUAUUUAUCAUUGGAACAGCAUGUGGUCUCUUAGCUCCAAAGCAUUAAUUUUCACAUUCUGAGAGAAAUGUAACAAGUUACAAACAGGAAAAUAACCUGCAAAAUCACAAGUCAGUGUGAUUUCAGUAUUUGCCAACAUGCCACUAUUAUGCCAGCUGUCUCAGGAGCCUGUGGUCUGGUUCAGCUUUUGCCACUGGGUGAAGAAAGUCACACUCAUGUGAAGCACAAGCGCCUGGAGAGAUGCUGAGGACUGUGCUUGGACAGUCAGAUGGGGAAGAGGGUGCCCAGGCUCUACGGUACCUGCUUUGUGCAUUCCACGUGUGUGCUCUUUCACAGCAGGGUGGCUGAAAUGGGAAUUUCCAUGGGUUUUCCUUUCUCAUCCUCAUCCUCUGCCUUCCUUGUCCUGCCUGAACUAACAACUAGAAGAGUUUUCUGGUAGAAUUCUGUAAUUCUUGUGGUUUUUCUGCCAUCCCAUCUGGCACCUGCCCCAAAGCUGUCAGUAGGAUUGAGUAAUCAGUUGACAGCAAGACUGGAUCCUGCUCUCAUAAGGAAAAUCUUUUUAAAUGUUGGGAGACUCACAAGUGACAAACGGCAAACCCAGGGCUAGAUGUUUUCAUUCUGGGACAAAGGAACAGCAUUCUCAGUGCUGGCAAUAACUGCCUGAUGUACACAAAGAAACCCAAUUGUACCCUUGUCUUUCUCCACAGCCAGGUGUGUUCACUCAGAUAAGAAAAAUUUAUGCCUCGGGGCUUCUCAUCCUAAACCUUCAUUAUUAUUUAACUUGGAUCUCUCGUGUUACUUUAUGGAUAAUGCAAAAACAUUCCAUUUCCUCCCAGAAACUUCUCUUUCCUAGCAAAAUAAAACAUCCCAAUAAAUCAAAUAAUAUCCUAAAUGUCCCAAUCCUGCAAUUGCAAUUGCAAGCUUUCUCUAAAAUACGUGAACACAUUUUGAUUCUGUCUCAAACAAGUCAGCACUAUGCUUAGGAUUUAUUGGGCACAAGAUAUGAUGAUGUUUAGUAGAGUUCAAUAAUUUCAAGGGGAAAAUAGGUUAUAUGCUUAAAUCUAAGGGCUUCUGAUCUUGGGGCCAAGAUUUCUUCAUGGUUUUUUACAGUAGCUGUGGGAACUUAGCUGUUAUAAAGUCUGGAAAGGGGUUUGGUUCCUGAUGUUCCUUUUGACAUCUAUUCUGAACUUGUGUUAUUUAGAUUAGUGGCUUGUGGUGAUGAGCCUUGGUGGUUAAUGGAGUGAUUUUGUGAGAAAUCAGCAAAGGUUUAAGCCAGCACAGAUCCCUCCUGGAACCAUCAUAUUGUGAGCAGACUCACUCCAAAGUAAACAGUUUGUGCACACUCUCAGACACACCAGGGUGUGGUGUUUGUAGCGAGGAGCACAAUGAUGCCAAACCUGUGACUUCUGCCACUGUGCUCCCCUUCCCCUCAGCCAAGACCAGCAGUGGGAGCACAUCUUUCAAGCAAACCCAAAAGAUUUGGUCUUUCAGAAUCCUACCAUGACUUCAUUCAAUGUUUUCUUUCUCUUCUCAAAAUAGUCCAUGUAUUCCUCUGCUCUAACCUU